AUGUCCGAAACGCCGAAUACUCCGGAGCCGGGGAUGGGGCCGGCUCCGGCUUUUAUCUCGUUCGGCAUGGUUGUUCUCGACGAGCUCCGCUUCCCGGACGGUAGUGUUCUCCGCGACAUUCCCGGCGGUUCUGGGUUUUACAGUACCCUCGGCGCGCGCCUCGCCGUCUCGGAGAAUGAGUCUUCGACUGUACGCUGUGUCAUCACAGCGGGUUCUGACUUUCCAACUACCGUGAGGCGGCAGAUUGAGGAAUGGGGUGUCACCGUACACUAUGAUGAGAUGCCGGAUAGGCUAUCAACGAGAGGUCUUUUGGAAUAUGAGAAUGAUGCUUUUGGAAAAAAGACUUUUCGAUAUACCGUGCCACCUUUACACCCCGAUAUAUCCCGGCUUCCUGAAUUGCUUCUUCGAUCCUCCCAACAUGCGAGGUCUCUCGCAACCCUCCGCGGCGAGACUGAGAACCCAGUUUCCCUAAUCGCAUGGGAACCCUCGCCCAUCAAUAGCCACAACCGCCAAAUCGAGCAUAUGAGAGCUGUCCACUUCUCAGACAUCUGCUCGCCGAACGACCACGAACUCUUACGUAUGAAGGGCAUCGACGACAGCCUAGGAUCACCUUACAACAGAGCACUGGUCGAGCACCACGCCAUCGACCUCUCGAAUGGCAAUGCGGCACCGGGACAUCCUGCGUUGCUCAAGGAGGCGCAAGACAGACCACGGGUCACGGUCCUUAGGUGCGGCGACCAGGGCUAUCUCACCAUUCCCCGGGACGGCGAUCCAACAUGGCUGCCUCCUUUCCACGACUACGGCUCUUCAAAGGUUGUAGAUCCGACAGGCGCCGGCAAUGCAUUCCUCGGAGCGUUUGCGAUUGUUUUCGCGAGGACGGGUGACGCGGUUCUCGCCUCGGCGUACGGAUCUGUGGCAGCCAGCUUCGUUAUCGAGCAGAUUGGACCGCCUAAGAGGGAGGUCAUCGACGGCAAGGAGUACUGGAACGGGGAGGCGUUUGAGGACAGGCUGAGGCAGUAUCAAGACAAGGUCGCGACGUAG